GCAGCUGCCCGUCGUUUCGCUGCCCCGAACCGAAAGGGUUGGAGUGGCUCGGUUUGGAGUUGUGGUGGUUGUUGUUCUCGCUAUGCUUGGCAGAGCACCGUAAGGAUGCUCUGCAGUAGAGUAGAUCUGCCCCAGUAGAUCUUUCUGGGGCUUUGGACCCGAGUUGCGCAGAGGUGAAAUAACGACCGCCUUAUAAGCUACUCUAUGCCUCACUGUUUGAUAACGCCAAUAGUGCUCUCUGUGCUGAAGUGCUAAAAUCAGCACAGCACGACCUGUGGCAGCGCACCGUGUGAGCAUCCUUCCUUAGCAAGGUCUUCAGAACACACAUCUUGCGUUUGAACGGUAGGAAAUUCAGAGCUUGCUCUCGGAAAAGCAGUGUGUGUAUAGAUGCUCUCAGGUACAACAUUGAGGCCAAUUUGUAUGAACUCAUUAAUAGAAGGAUUUUUGUUAUUUUUAAUGAUGCAUAAGUUGACAAAAUGAGGAGUAAGGCUGCUCCUGAAGAAGGACUGGUUCCACAGAGAGUGGUAAUGACUUCAAAGCCUUCUCAGUUACCUGGUUUUGGAGUGCACACUCUGCUUUGCACUUACUAGGUGGUGUGAGUCCUGCUGGAAGUGGCUCAGAGCACUGUGACAAGAGCUGGCGUAUAGAUCAUGUAGCAAAUGAAAACUAUUCUUCAUGGUCAAGACACCACAGUUCUGGGGGAGCCCCAUGCAUAUUCUGGGUGUUUGUUCCCCAGUCUCUUAGCUGCCAGGUACUUCAGAAAAAUAUACAGACUUUACAAAUAGAAGUUGCUCCUCUGUAAUAUACAAAACAUAUGCAUGACCAAAUAUAAUUCUUGUCCAAAUUAAAUGUCUUUUGAAUACAGCCAGACGUAGGAAUCUGACCUUCAAAGAUGGAAGAUUUUUAUGAUGAUAUCAGUUCUGCAAUCAAAACUGAGAUUUAAUGAUUACUGCAGCUAUCGGUCCUGCUAGCUUACAUCAUACCUACUGUUACCACUUGGUUCUGUUAACACAUUUCCACUUAUGUGCCUUGAGUGAGCAUGCUGUUGGAACUUCAACUUCAUGCAGUUUAUUAUAUUGCUACAUAGUGCUUAUUAAUGCAAUACCAUUGUUCUUCUCUAGAUUCAGCAAAAGCGUGUCAAAAUUAUUCCAUUUACAUUAAUAUAUUGUUUGUGAGUUUUGGUAUUUUAGGCCCCAAAUCUAUGCAGAUAUGUAACUACUUUUUUCACAGUGUUGACUGACAUUGAUUCAUAAUCUAAUCAACCUUCAGAGUUACAUCCUCUAGAGUAGUACCACUUGGUCAUCACUAGGAGUUAAAGUACAGCUAAUUACAAAUUUCUGCAUUUGCAGGAAGAGGAACGCCCCAUACAAUACUUAGUGACAGCUACUAUAAGAGCUCUAAAGAUUUUGUGAAAGCUGAGCUGUCUGUCAAAUACAGAAAUGGUUUACAGUGACUGAUAUUUAAUGUUUUAGAUAGGUGAAAUGAGAUGUAUCACCCUGACUCCAUGUGUUAACACUUCAGUAAGAACAGAACUGAUGCAGUCCAUUUUUUUUCCAAGCAUGAUGCUGCAUUUUCUUUCCAUCUGAAGCUUCAAAAUACCUGCAAAUGUCUAUACUAAUAAAACCUGUAAAAGUUGUAAGCUUCAUCCUGAACUCAAGUGGUGGGGAAAAUGAUGAUGACUCAGACCAGAACUGGAAACCACCAGAAAAUGACCUGAUCCAGAAGUUGAUAGCACAGAUUGAAUAUUAUUUCUCAGAUGAGAAUCUUGAGAAAGAUGCCUUCCUUCUAAAACACGUGAGAAGAAAUAAGAUGGGCUAUGUCAGUGUUAAACUCCUCACUUCUUUUAAGAAAGUGAAACACCUUACCCGUGACUGGAGAACCACGGCCCAUGCAUUGAAGUACUCAGACAUGCUUGAGCUCAACGAUGAUAACAGAAAGGUUAGAAGAAAUACACCAGUUCCAGUGUUUCCAAGUGAAAAUCUCCCUACCAGGAUGUUACUCGUGUAUGAUAUCCACAUGAUUUCUGAACUGCAGGGUCUUAAACAAGAAAAUGGGUGUAUACAAGAAAAAGUAAUGGAGUAUCUCCUCAAAGCUUUUGUAACUUUUGGUGCAAUUUCAUCAGUUCGUAUUCUCAAACCUGGUAGGGAUCUGCCACCUGACAUCAGGAGGUUCAGCAGUCGGUAUACACAAAUGGGAACACAAGAAUGUGCAAUUAUAGAAUUUGAAGAAGUAGAUGCUGCUGUACAGGCUCAUGAAUUCAUGUGUGCUGAAAAGAAAGAGAUUGGCAUGAAAGUUGUCCUAAUUGGCAUGAAACCUCCAAAGAAAAAGGUUCCUAAAGACAAGAACCGUGAUGAAGAUAGCAAGAGUCUUAAAAAGGUUAGAUCCCUUAAUAAGAGAGUUGAGGAACUUCAGUUUACUGGUGAUGAAUCAUCAGCAAAUAGCUCUUCUGAGCCAGAGAGUAAUCCUACAUCACCACUGUCAGGACGCAGAAGUACUGCAACAAGUACUACAAGUAAGUUGAGUCCCAUCAUUCACCCAAACAACCAUCUGAGUCCUAACGUAUCACCCAGAUCAAGUCCUUGGAACAGUCCAUCCUCUCUAAGAAAAGUGACCAAAAAAUCUCCACUGGCUGAAGAUGGCAAACUUAACCCAAGUACUAGUCCUGAAAUUCCAAGAAAAUGUAUAGAUUAUUCUUCAGAUAGCAGUAUUACACCUUCUGGUAGUCCCUGGGUACAGAGAAGAAAAGCUCAAACUAUAACACAAGAGAAGAGUCCGGUCAGUAGCCCCAUGUUAGCUCGGAAAAUACAAAAUGCAGAUGGUCUACCUGUAGGGGUGCUGCGGCUGCCUAGAGGUCCUGAUGGCACUAAAGGAUUCCACAGUGGCUGUGAAAGAAGGAAAGCUAUGAAGAAUGAAUAUAUCCAUCUUUAAAAAAUAAUUUCACAAGUCAGUCAAGUUCUUUUGUUCAAGCCUGGUGAAAGACUCUUGCUUAAGUGACUGAGUUGAGUCAGUAUUUAAUUUUUAAACAUUUUAUAUUCAUAUGGAGACUUUAUCAUUUGUAUAUUUGUAUUUUCACUUUGUAGAAUCACAGAAUAGUUAAGAUUGGAAGGCAUCGCUGGAGUUGUCCAGUGCACCUCUUCUGUUCAAACAGGGUCAGCUGCAUCAGGUCACUGAGCACCAUGGUUGGGUUCUGAGUAUCUGCAAGCUCUCUGGGUAACCCAUUCCAGUGUUCAAACACCCACACAAUAAAAUAAAAAUUGUUUCCUUAUGUUCAGAUAGAAUUUCCUGUGUUCAGUCCGUGCCCCUUUUCUUUUUACUAGAUAACACUGAGGAGAGUCUGGCUACAUCUUCAUUCCUUCCCCUUGGAUACUUAAAUGCAUUGAUGAGAUCUCCCUGAGCCUUUUCCAGUCUAAACAGCUUCAUCUCUCUCAUCCUCUCAUAUGAGAGAUGCUCCAGUACUUUAACCAUUUAUGCACUUACCUUCUGCAGUUCUCUUAUCUGCAUUUUUUCUGUGUUCGCUUGAAAUGCCUAAAUAUUGAAGCAGGCAAGUAAGAUCAUUAACACAAUUACAUUAUUUGCAAACCUGAAAAGCAGUGUGUCAGUGUUCACUGUUCAGCAGUUGUAUUUCAAUAAGCUUGGUAUGAAUUCCUCCUAAAUCCUAACAAACACAAGUUUUGAAGACCUUCUGGGUUUGUCUCUAACUCUGAGAAAUGUGCUACGGUCAGCAGCUGCUCUCUGCUUACACAUACCUCCCAAGUCACUUGUUUAAUAGGACCAAAGUGCUUGUUUUCUUGUGAUGUGAAGACUGAGCAUUGAAGACUGUUUUAUAAGUUUUAUCUCAUGUAAUCAGAUGGAAAUAAACUAAAUAUUAACUCAGUCUAAAUCUAUUUCUUUCACUUCAAAAAUAAGAAAUUCUAGGAAUAUUUACUCAGAAUUUACAGUGCAUUCAGUAAAGUGCCCUCUCCCCCCUACUCUCAUUUCAGUAAAUAACUGCAGUAACACACUGCCAGAGACUGAUCUACAGAAAUCCACUAGUUCUGUGUAUCAUUGUUCAGCCACCCAAAUGUAUUUUCCUAAUGUUUUCCUUUGACUUCACAUAAAUGGAAUCCUCCAA